CAUCCGGAAGUAGAAGAAGAAGAAGAAGAAGAGGAGGAAAUAACUUCCGUAGGUCAAAGGUAAUCUUCGAAUUUGAAAACAUGGAUCCCAACAAAGUGGAUGAAGCGUCGGACAAGAUGAGUGAUGAUGGAGAAAUGGCAUCUGUUAUGGGAUUCUCAGGUUUUGGUAAGAAAGCCCGGACGUUUGACCUGGAAGCCAUUUUUGAACAGACCCGUCGAACAGCGAUUGAGAGGAGUCAGCUUGUAUUGGAGGGGCGGCAGAAGGAUGAUCAUAUGGAGCAGCAAGGUGAAAGCUCCCAAUCGGCUAAGUCAUCAGUUCCUGCUCCAAGAAACAAAGCUACGGCUGCUACUGCCAGAAAAGAGAGUGGAGGGAGCAGCAGUGACAGUGGUUCAGACUCCGACUCAGAUUCCGAGCUUAUUGGGCCCCCACUUCCUCCGCAACACACCUCCCAGGGCGGUGAUGAUGAGCUUGGGUCACUGACUCAUGCAUCAGGCACCACAGCUCACAGUGACGACGAUGAUGAAGAUGAUGAAGGGGAGGCACAAGAUGACGACGAUGAUAAUCCAGUAAAGAAGAUUCCAGACUCUCAUGAGAUCACCCUGCAGCACGGCACCAAGAUAGUGUCGGCUCUGGCCUUGGACCCAUCUGGAGCCCGUCUGGUGACUGGCGGGUUGGAUUAUGAUGUGCGUUUCUGGGAUUUCGCCGGGAUGGACCAGGCUCUGCAGGCCUUCAGAUCCAUCCAGCCCUGUGAGUGCCAUCAGAUCACAUCCCUGCAGUACAGCAUCACUGGUGAUGUCAUCCUGGUGGUUUCUGGCAAUGCACAGGCGAAGGUGUUGGACCGCGAUGGCUUCAACGUCAUGGAGUGCGUGAAGGGAGACCAGUACAUUGUGGAUAUGGCCAAAACCAAGGGUCACACGGCUAUGCUUAACAGUGGCUGCUGGCAUCCCAAGAUGAAAGAGGAGUUCAUGACGUGCUCCAAUGACGGCACCGUGCGCACGUGGGACCUGACCUCCGAGAAGAAGCACAAGUCUGUGUUCAAACCGCGUUCCUUCCAGGGGAAGAAGGUCGUCCCCACAAGCUGCACCUACAGCCGCGACGGGAAGCUCAUCGCGGCCGGCUGCCAGGACGGAACCAUCCAGAUCUGGGAUAGAAACCUCAGCGUCCAUACAAAGUUCCACUGUCGGCAAGCACACGUCCCGGGAUCCGACACCUCCUGCCUCUCCUUCUCCUACGACGGCAGGACUCUCGCUUCUCGUGGAGGGGACGACACCCUCAAGAUGUGGGACAUCCGGAACUUCAAGAAGCCUGUGAACGUUGCUACUGGACUGUGCAACUACUAUACGAUGACGGACUGCUGUUUCAGCCCCGAUGACCGGCUUCUCUUAACGGGGACCUCCGUGAAAAAGGACGGAGGAAACGGGAAGCUGGUUUUCUUUGACCGAGUUUCCUUUCAGAAGGUCUAUGAAAUAGAAGUCACCAAUGCCAGCGUCGUCCGCUGUCUGUGGCAUCCGAAACUUAACCAGAUAAUGGUGGGAACUUCCAAUGGACUGGCCAAGGUCUACUAUGACCCUGUUAAAAGCCACAGAGGGGCCAAGCUGUGUGUCGUGAAGAGCCAGCGGAAAGAGAGGCAAGCAGAGACGCUGACACAGGAUUACAUCAUCACGCCUCAUGCCUUACCCAUGUUCAGAGAGGCCCGGCAGAGGAGCACACGAAAACAGCUGGAGAAGGACCGACUUGACCCGAGGAAAUCCCACAAACCCGAGCCGCCUGUGUCCGGACCAGGUCGAGGAGGAAGAGUGGCGGCUCACGGCGGCACGCUGUCUUCGUUCAUCGUGAAGAACAUCGCUUUAGAUAAAACGGAUGACAGCAACCCCCGGCAGGCCAUCCUGCGUCACGCCAAGGAGGCUUCGGACAACCCGUACUGGGUCGCCCCGGCAUACACGCAGACCCAGCCAGUGCCGAUGUUUGCCGAGGAAUCGGAAUCGGACGAGGAGGCCGAGAAGGAACCAGAGUGGAAGAAACGCAAGAUCUGAAGCGCCGCGAAAGCAGCUCAUGUCACAUCGAAUGGGCUUGUGUUUGUGUGCUUAUAUAAAUGCUUCUACGGCGUUUCUGACAAUAACUGUGUUUUGGGAUUGAUCUCAAUUACGUUACUCAAUUGAACAGUGUCAGUCCUCCCCCACUUUCUUUUAUUUUUUUUAACUUUGCAAGCACAAUAUAGUUUUUAACAGUUUUAUGUUCUAUUUCGCUUUGCAAUUGAUCAACUUUAGGAAGAACUGUUUUUUUUAAUGUCUGUUUUGAUUAUGUGGAUUUUAUAUUCAUAAUUUCCAUUGUUCUCUUAACCCACAUCUCCAGAGUUUAAGGCCUCAUAAAGUGUCUCCAGAUUUUGUGGUCCGGUUGUGUUUAUCAGCUAUGAAGAACAGUUUGCAAGUUUUUAAAAAGGAAGAAAACCCUGCAGCCAUUUGAAUUUCUCUCUGCCGUUUUGUUGGAUGUGAUACAAAACUCCAAAUAGCAAUCUGCUAAUUUGAUUCCACCUCAAGAGAAUAAAAUUCCUUUUGUGGGGGUCCUGUCAAAUAGUGAUAUAUUUCACCCAAAUUAAAGCGAUACUUCUGUUUUUACCAGCAGAUCAAAGAAAUUCUUCUGCCAGAUAUGUUUUUAUGAGGCGCUGACUCGAUCCUGCAGAUACACAGUUCACCAAGUCCGGGCCAAAGCUGGUGUUUAGAUUCACUUGGUGAAAUAAACAUUUUACAGGGUAGUUUUUGCCAAGUUAUUAAAUGGGUAAACCUUUAUUUUCUUUUUUAAUUACCUGUACAGUGUUUGAAGUUAUUUCAACUGAUCGAACAGCUGCAAUAUACGGAUCUAAUUAAACUCAUUUCUGGUUUUCA